GAUUGGCGGGCGGCUCCGGUUUCCGUGGAAACGGCUUAGCGCGGGAGGCCUGAGGCGGCGGCGUUGGCCAUGGCGCAGCGGUUCCAGGCGCUGAGGUGCUGUUUUUGCCAGACGUACCAGGUACAGCAGGUUAAAAAGAGCAAGAAAUGGAACUGCAAAUUAUGCGGAGAGAAACAGUCAGUGCUGAAGGUAUACGGCCAGGGCUCAGGGUCUGAUUGCCGACAGCACGUACAGAAGCUAAACAUGCUGAGAGGGAUGAAGAUGCAGGCGAUGGAAGCCACUACUUGGUCGACUGAGGAGCCAAGAUAUUCCAGUGAUGACUGCCGACCCCAGAAAUAUUGUGUGGAGAAUGAACCGAAUCAAGCAACCAGUCGCUGGUGUGUUUAUUUGGAUCAGAAGCAUGUGGAAGAACCAGUCGAGCAGGAAGGAGGAGACGACAAGAUUGUGUACACAGACAGACAGCAGUUCCAGACAGAUAUGAAGAAUGCCAUCAGUAAUCGAAGUAAACGUAAAAGAGGAUCCCAUCUUGACUCUGAGAAGCUGGAUACACGUGGACAUUGCACUCCUAGCAAUUGGAAGGAGACUGCUAGAAAGAAAAUGCAGCUGAAUUCCAAAAUAAACAGGGGCAAAAACUGGAACCCAGAAAAUGGAGAAGGGAGCGAUAUCUUAAGCAAGUCCAAACUGGAAUAUAGCUCUCCAGUUCAACAGGUUGAGAAAAGCCAAAGUGAUGAAGCUUUCCUAACCAAGCAGCCAGAGGCUUCGAAGUGGGAUAAAUUUCUGCCUCACAGCCAGACAACAGGUAGUGAGCACACUGUCUGUCCCACACAGCGCAUGUGGGUGCAGGGUUCUUUAUCCACACGCUUUCCCUUGGAAUGUUCAAUCCUGGAAGAUCAAGAUGAUGAUGUGGAUCAUUCUGUGCUUCCUGCCGGUUUGGCGCUGUCUAGCGACACUUGGCAGCACGUUUCACCUAGGACAGAAACAGCUAUGGAGAAGGUAAUGACUAGACCACUCAACGCUGCCUCAGUGGUACUUUUUGAGGAAGCUAGUGGAUUGGUGGAUUCACCUGAAUUUGGUGACUCUGCAGGAGUGAGCAAUAAUGCAUGUGGAGCUGGGAAAGACGGCCAGGCACAAGAAUCUUUCCUUGAAUUUCUGCACUGCACUACUGAGGAUUCAUGCAACCUUAAACCAGUGACGUCAUUGCCCUUGCCGGCUCUAAAUCCCCAUCCACCAUCAGGCAGACGAUCACCAGGAACAGCUCCUGGGCUAACCACCAAGCAGCCCUAUUCUCUUACAUCACUCUUUCAGACGGAUGAGGACUUUGAUGAUCUGUGAUUUUUAUUUUUGUUGUUAAGGACAGUUUUAGAAUUAAGUCAUUUAGUAGUACAGCUUUAGGGCCAACACUGUUGUAUUGCUACACAAGUUUCACGUGCUCUGUCUGAAGCCACUGGGUUUUCAGUACUGAGAUUGACCUGAAGCUAUUUUUCACAAGGGAAGUGGAUAGUUUAUGUGAAGCCACUAAAAAUCCCUUUUGAUAAUCCCUUGAAGUGAAUCUCUUGAGAUGCUGGUGUCAAACCUAUACAAUCUUACAGAUUGUCUGAUUUUAAUGUAUUCUGCUUUAAUUUUUGUCGGUUUUAUUGUAUUAUAUGCAAAAUAUAUAAAAGCAUCCAUAUUUGCAUAAAAGUGGAAAUAAAUAGUCGAUGUUUUACAUAGAACAGUACAGCACAGCACAGGCCCUUCGGCCCACAAUGUUGUGCCGACCCUUAAACCCUGUCUCAUAUAAACCCCCCAUCUUAAAUUCCUCCAUAUACCUGUCUAGUAGUCUCUUAAAUUUCACUAGUGUAUCUGCCUCCACCACUGACUCAGGCAGUGUAUUCCACGCACCAACCACUCUCUGAGUAAAAAACCUUCCUCUAAUAUCCCCCUUGAACUUCCCACUCCUUACCUUAAAGCCAUGUCCUCUUGUAUUGAUCAGUAGUGCCCUGGGGAAGAGGCGGUGGCUAUCCACUCUAUCUAUUCCUCUUAUUAUCUUGUAUACCUGUAUCAUGUCUCCUGUCAUCCUCCUCCUCUCCAAAGAGCAAAGCCCUUGCUCCCUUAAUCUCUGAUCAUAAUGCAUACUCUUUAAACAAAGCAGCAUCCUGGUAAAUCUCCUCUGUACCCUUUCCAAUGCUUCCACAUCCUUCCUAUAGUGAGGCGACCAGAACUGGACACAGUACUCCAAGUGUGGCCUAACCAGAGUUUUAUAGAGCUGCAUCAUUACCUCGUGACUCUUAAACUCUAUCCCUCGACUUAUGAAAGCUAAAACCCCAUAAGCUUUAACUACCCUAUCUACCUGUGAUGCAACUUUCAGGGAUCUGUGGACAUGUACCCCAGAUCCCUCUGCUCCUCCACACUACCCAGUAUCCUGCCAUUUACUUUGUACUCUGCCUUGUUGAGAUCAUUCAUCAGGACCGACAAGGAAGAAGGUAGAGACCAGAAUAAGAAGAUGGAGGCUGGCGGGGGGUGGGGGGCAGAAGAGUACAAGCUGGCAGAUGAUGGAUUGGACCAGGUGAGGGGGAAAUGUGAGUUGUGGGGGGAUGAAGAAGCUGGAUGAGGAUAGGUGAAAAAGUAAAGAGCCGAAGGAGGAAUCUUAAUAGGAGGGGACAGUGCACCUCGGAAGAAAGGGAAGGAGGGGGACCAGAGGCUGGUGAUGAGGAGGAAGGAACCUGAAUGGGAAAUAGAACAGGAGGAAAUGGGGGGGGGGGGAAAUUACAGCAAGUUAAACAAAUAGAUGUUCAUGCCAUCAGGUUGGAGGCUAUCCAGACUGAAGGUGAGGUAUUGAUCCAAUGUGAGAAGGGCCUCAUCAUGGCAGUAGGACAGCUGGAACUGGCCCAAGCUCUCAUGAGCUAAGCUGUAAUGCUGGGAGAGCGUACUCACUCCAGAUAUGGCUGAUGGGAUAUGACCCAUUAUUAAUCCCAAUCUCCUGGUAAUGUAGUGUUGUCCAGGGAUCAUGUUCCCUACCUCUCCAGUUACUCACAUAAACCUACCAAAUAUUGAAAGGCCUACAAAGAGUGCGCAUGGAGAGAAUGUUUCCAAUAGUGGGAGUGUAGGUCCAGAGGGCAUAACCUAAGAAUACAAGGACAUCCUUUUAGAACAGAGAUAAGGAAUUUCUUUAGCCAGAGAGUGGUGAAUCUGUGAUAUUCAUUGCCACAGGCAGCCAAGUCAUUGGGUAUAACUGAAGCAGAGAUUAUAAGGUAAUGGUGUCAAAGGUUAUGGUCGCUGCAGUUUCUUUGGAUUCAUCAGCUGUGAUUAGGGGGAGCCUGCUGCAUGGGCAACAGCUUGCUCUCCAUAUUGUACCUCCCUGGCUUGCGUGUACAUAGAGUUCAGAUGCAACAUUUGUGGUCAAUCCUGAUCAACAGAGGCCUCAAACGGUUAUGGGGGUAAGGCUGGAGAAUGGGGUUGAGUGGGAUAAUAAACCAACCAUGAUGGAUUGGUGGAGCAGCCUCAAUGGACUGAAUGGCCUGAUUCUGAUCCUAAGACUGUUGGGUCUCGCUAUUCAAACAAUGAUGUCUUCUGCUGAGAACUCCAGAGAGAGUUGUCAUGUUGGAGACCCAGGUGCAAGAGGCAAUACAACCAGUAGAAGUAGUCUUCUGCUGCUGUUGUCCAUCCACUUCAAGGGGUUCAAUGUAGUUUGCAUUCAGAGAUGCUCUUCUGCACACCACUGUUGUAACAUAUGGUUAUUUGAGUUACUGUCACCUUGAACCUAUUUGGUCAUUGUCUUCUGACCUCUCUCAUUAUCAAGGCAUUUUCACCCACAGAAGUGCCACUCACUGGAUGUUUUUUUCUGUUUCCCCCCCAUUCUCUGUAAACUAGAGACUGUUGUGUGUGGAAAAACCCAGGAGAUCAGUAGUUUCUGAGAUACUCAAACCAACAAUCAUUCCACAGUCAAAGUUACUUAGAUCACAUUUCCUCCCCAUCCUGAUAUUUGGUCUGAAUAACAGAACUUCUUGACCAUAUUUGUAUUCUUUUAUGCAUUGAGUUGCUGCCAUAUGAUUGGCUGAUUAAAUUUUGCAUUAACAGAUGUACCUAAUAAAGUGUGGAAUAUGAACCAGGGCAUUACAAGUGCUACUGAGUGUAUAUCUUUUAAACAUGAGGGAAAACAUAGGACAUUCCCAGGUUAAACCAUUAGUAUGGUUUUUUUAAAAAUUAAACUUUAUUUGUUCAUCAAAACUUACAGGGAACCGCAUCAUUUGCAACAAUGACUAACAUAGUCUGAGGACGGCCUACAAGUGAUGCUAUGCUUCUGGUACUGACAUAGCUCAUCCACAACUCACUAACCCUCACCCAUAUGUCUUUGGAAUGUAGGAAGAAACCCACGUGGUCAUGGGGAGAAAGGACCAACUUUUUAUGCACAGCAGCAGAAAUUGAAUCUAUGAUUGCUGGCAUUAUUAAGCAUAAAGUUAGUUAUUAUGCCAUACACUAUCAUUCUGUGCAAUUAUUGUGUAUGUUCUGACCAAUGGACAUCUGCAAUGACUGAACUUAUUCAUUAGCUAGAGUGUGUAUUAUCAUCAGAUAGAUACUGCCAAGCAGACAUAAGAGAGGCUCCUGAUGGGUUUUAAAAGGAUCCAGGUUUGAAGCUCAGUGAGAUUGUGUGUAUGGAUAACAGAUUUUAACUUUCAUUAUAUUCUUUUAAAAGAAAUAUGUUGAUGUUGUGGCUCAGAUUUUAUUUAUUUUAGAUUCUUUAUUUUAAAUUAUUUAUUUUAGUGAUGGUUAGCAGAGUUAGGGUUUAGGAACAGAAAUGAGGUCAGGGGCAGUAAAUGAAGUGGACCGGAGUUUGUCUUGGUCACUCUGCUCUAUGGCCAAACAUUAGUCAUUGCAGAAAUCAAGUCCGUAACCAGUAAGGAAACUAGCCAUUCUCCUGCACCAGAAUGGAGAUCCAUUUUGGUUAAGUGCACGAGUCACGAGGGCCAGUCAUCCUUCCUCCCCAGGUCACUGGGGUCAAAGGUACACACAAGUCUGAAAGCUGAGGCAGAAGGUUAAACAUGUGAUAGACAAGAGGUCUAGUCUCAAAUGUCAAACCUAU